AUGCAGGUGACGGCGGCGUCGUCGGCGUCGAUGGCUUCGGAGGCGGAGAUGGUCGUCGAGGCCGGCGGCGGCGGGGAGCGCAAGAGGAAGAAGACGCUGGGGCGCCGAAAGAUCGACAUCAAGCCCAUCAAGUGCAUGGAGGUGAGGCACGUGUGCUUCUCCAAGCGCCGCGAGGGCCUCAACAAGAAGGCCAGCGAGCUCUGCGCGCUGACCGGCGCCAAGGUCGCGGUCAUCGUGUACUCCCCGGCCGGGAAGCCCUACUCGUUCGGCCACCCCUCCGUGAGCGCCGUCGUCGAGCGGUACCUCGACCUCGACCCCGUCUCCUCCGCCGCCGCCAACGACGCGUUCGAGGCGCCGCCGCCGCCGAUGAUGUACGAGUUCGACGGCCAGCGCGACCGCCUGUGCGAGUCCAUCGCGGCGGAGGUGCGGUGGAAGGACGCGCUAGACGCGGCGGCGCGCGCGGCCGGGGUGUGGACCGACGACGUCGUGCGCCAAGCCGAGAUGGGCGAACUCGUCGCCAUGCUCACCGCGCUCGAGCGGGUUAAGGACGACGCCGACCAUGCGAUGAGGCAGCAUCAGUGCGCCGCCGCCGCGGCGGCGGCGGCUGGCGCCUGCUACUACGACCUCGGCGACGGCACGUCGUUCGCGGCUGAUGAUUAUGGUGGCGCCAGCAGCAGCAGCAGCCAUCAUCAGCAACUGGCCGUGGACGCGCAGACGAUGGCUCUUCUGAUGGGCGGCAACGUCGUCGGCCAUGCCGCCACCCACGCUCCGAUGCUGCUGCCUCCUCCUGAUCUCCCGCCGGCGGCGGCGCCGGUGCCACUGGCUUUCAACUACGGCUCUGACCACAGCCAUGUCACAGGCUAUGAAGGCUAUGCCUACGACCUUGGAGAUGGCGGCGGCCAUGGCUCCGCUUAUGAAACGGAAGCAGGGUGUUACUUCGGGCCAACGGCGACGUGCAACUUCUUUGGGUAG